AUGCCCAAGCCGAUCCCAGGCCUCCCGCACAACCAGGACUCGGCACAUCGUAUCUCGGGCGACGUCCCCUACUUUGCGGAAUACGACAAGGCGGCGCGCUUCCGGACCAGGUUCUUCUACGACCUGGUGGCUAAACACAAGUCGGCCGUAGUGCAGGUCCUCCUGCCCUUCUCCAAGCCCCUCGUCAUCGUCGCCGACUAUCGCGAGUCGAGGGAUCUCAUGGCGAAGCGGAGCAAGGAGCUCAGCCGCGGGUACAUGAAUAACGUGGCGUGGCAAGGAUUCUUGUCGGAGCACUUUAUUGCCAUGGAGGAUGCGCACCCGUCAUUUAAGAAGUCGAGGUUUCUUACCAAGGACUUGAUGACGAAUAGCUUCCUUCACUCUGUUUCUGCCCCGGCUUCGCAUGUAGCCAUCUCUGACUUCAUUCGUCUCUGGAAACGCAAGGCAGCUCUCGCACAAGGGCUGCCAUUCGAGACCGUCGAGGACUUGGAGGGCCUCACCUACGACAUCAUGAUGACAGCCGUCUUUGGCGUCGGGUACGAGGAGAGCACUACGACGAAGUAUUCCAAGCUCCUGGAAGGUGCCGAUAACGACGUUGUGGUUUCCAGCGGUUCGUCCGCACAGGUUGCCAAGUUCCCGUCACCCGAAACCCCGGCCCUGGUGAAAGCUCUCCACGUUCUCAACGUCUCCAUCACGGCGGUAUUUGGCUCUGUAUUCCCCAAGCUGUCCGUAUUCAUCGAGAACCUGAAGCCCAAAGCGCGCCAGGCUCUGAAGUUGAAGAAGGAUGCAGUACAAGCCCAGAUCGAUGCUGCUGUCAAAAGGGCCGCCAAGGGAGGAGACUCGUCGGAGCACAAGUCGGCGGUAGACUACGUCGUCUCCCGCGAGAAGACAGCGGCCUUCGAGGAGGGACGGGAGCCAAAGUACGACGGCAUGCAGCUGAACGAUAUGCUGUGGGGAUACAUCGCCGGCGGCCAGGACUCCACCCACAGCACCCUGUGCUUCACGGUCAAAUAUCUCGGCGCGCACCAGGAAGCCCAGCAAAAGCUGCGAAGCGCCCUGCGAUCCGCUUACACGGAGCCAUAUGCGCAGAAGCGCGAACCCACCAUUGAGGAGAUUCUCAGGACUCAGGUCCCCUACCUUGACGCCUUCAUCGAGGAAACGCUCCGCCUGUGCAGUCCCGCGGGGGCCAUCACCAAGGAAACCGUCCGCGACAUCAACAUCCUAGGCCACAUCGUCCCCAAGGGCACGACGCUCAUGUUCCUCCUGACUGGUCCGACCUUUGUACAACCAGGCGUGCCCGUCGACGACGCCAAGCGCAGCGAGACCUCGCAAAAGGCCACGGGCGAGGGCGUCGGCGACUGGUCCCACAGCGACUUCCCCGCCGAGGACUUCCGCCCCGAGCGGUGGUUGCAGGUCGAGGGGGAAACGGUCAAGUUCAACAACAACGCGGGACCAUUUAUGAGUUUCAGCAGCGGACCCAGGGGCUGCUGGGGGAAACGGCUGGCGUACCUGGAGCUGAGGAUGAUUGUGACGCUUUUGGUGUGGAACUUGGAGUUUUUGAAGUUGCCUGCCGAGCUGGAGGAUCCUGGUUUGACGGAGGGGCUUUUCACGAAGCCCAAGUCUAGUAUGAUUAAGUUGAGAGUCAUUUCUGAUACGGAAUAG